AUCACAGCGAACGGCAAUGUAUAUCGCUGAACAGUAGGCCUACACGGUGAAUACCUGUAGACGUCAAUGAAUAUCACAGCACAGUACACGGUGAAUGAUAGCUGACUGCUAGAUCUGAUUGGCACUGUCGUCGUGGAUGGGGCACACCUGGCAUGACUGAGACUAUGUGGCUUAGCCGUCUACGCACUCAGAACGUGGCGAUGUCUAUACACCCUUUCUCUGGGGGAUCCCGACUUUUUCAGCGAGCAAGGAUCAUGCGGCGGCUGAGAACAGGGUUUUCUCACGAUGAUGUCCUCAUGGAGACGUCACUGCACACCUUGGCAAAGUGGGCUCGCACAAUUUAACCAGUCUUAUUUGAUAUUCAGAUUUUGACCUUAAGGCCUUACUUUAAUAGUAGCCAUCCGUAUACGACAGGUGAUCACAGAUUCGCCAUGACGAGCCCGGGGACUGGCACUACACUAGACUACCUGGCCAUGAACGCCACUGAGUAUUUCAUCGUGGAUCCAGACGACGAUCCAGUGAUUGUUCCGGGAUUCUACGAUUCCACGGAUUACCCGUUUCCGGAUGACUCGGAUGACCCGGAAAAUGAGAACCGGACGACGAAGACCUGGGGGCCAAAGUUCACGAGCACGGAACACCUGGUGAUCACAUCGCUCGUGCUCGGCCUCAUGAUCCUGGCCACGAUUAUUGGCAACGUAUUCGUGAUCGCGGCCGUGGUUCUGGAGAGGAAACUGCACAAUGUUGCCAACUACCUGAUCCUGUCCCUGGCUGUGGCCGACCUGAUGGUCGCCUCACUCGUCAUGCCGGUCAGCGUCGUCAAUGAAAUCAGCACGGUCUGGUUUCUCAGUUCGGCUGUAUGUGACAUGUGGGUGUCCUUCGAUGUUCUCUGCUGCACCGCGUCCAUCUUGCAUCUCGUAGCCAUUUCAAUUGAUCGGUACUGGGCAGUAACAAACAUAGAUUACAUCCGAAACCGCAGCGCCAAGACUAUUAUCACAAUGAUUGCCAUCGCUUGGAUAUUAGGCCUUAGUAUUUCCAUACCGCCACUGUUCGGCUGGAAAGACGAUGCAAAUGAGCCGACAAUUACAGGUGAGUGCGUCAUUAGCCAGGAUCUUGGCUAUACCGUAUUUUCCACCAUGGGAGCCUUCUACUUGCCUAUGGUAGUCAUGAUGAUUAUAUACACUAGAAUAUACCAAGUGGCGCGAUCGAGAAUCCGAAAGGAAAACUUUCAUAAGGGCAAGAAAGGUAGCAAAGACAAAAAGUUCAAAACAAAAUACAAGCCAUCUUGCCACUCCGAGGUGACUUCUGUGACGCGUUUACCGCCUGAGAAAAACGGGGGAAGUGUUCGAUCAAACAAUGGUAGCACUUGUGCAGGCAAUGGCCAGGUGUCGACCGCAAAUGGCACCGAGCCUUUUGUUCAGAAUGGCACUACGGACGAAGUCACCGUGAAGAUGGUACCAGAGAAGACGAGAAAACGAGAAAACAGCAUCGAUUUAAAAAGAAUGAUACGGGAAAAACAGAAAGAAAAAAUAGAAUUGAAGAGAGAACGAAAAGCGGCACGGACUCUUGGUAUUAUCACCGGAGCUUUUAUUUUGUGCUGGCUGCCGUUUUUUAUCAUAGCUUUGAUGUACCCUUUCUGCCACCACAUGACGGUCUGCCAAGUGCCACCUGUUGUACGCAGCAUCGUUUUGUGGCUCGGUUACUUCAACAGCUUGUUAAAUCCUAUCAUUUACACAAUAUUCAGCCCCGAAUUUCGCGAGGCCUUCAGAAAAAUUCUGUUCGGCAAGUACAGAAAUCGGAAUCGAUAGUUCUGUGACGUGAUGUUUGCAAAGUUAAUCGGCUUGGUAAGCAGUGUCCUAACAUCUGUCUGAAUUCUAUAUCUCUUGUGGUUAUAACGCAGCCAAAGAUCUGGCAACUUUCUAAAACUAACACACAUCGGUCACAACACAGUGACAAACACGUGUACAUUUGAGUAAUAUUCGAGGCUAAUAGGUUGGCUCGGUGCUGCGUGCGCAUGGUUUAAAGGGAGGUAGGCUGGGAUCCAGUGCCGCACAGCCUACUGGGGAAGUCCGCCACGAGCGUCACACUGUGGUGUAACUCUCUGCUUUAUUUACUGCCUUAUUGAUAUAAAACAUACAACCGUGACUUGAGCAACCUCUGAAUGUGCUAUUGUGAUUCUGAUAAUGUCGGAGGCUGAAGGCGUGCUGGACGCCCUUCUAUUAAUUUAAAUCCACUAAUGACCCAUGGUCAAGCAAUAUAGGAACUUGGAAGCUAUAGAAAAGACAUAGUCAUUAUUCAUCCAUGCCGCCAGAAUAGUGCUUCUAUCUGUUAUUUUAUCUUCGCAUGAUAUAUUCGACAUUUUAUAUGGUUCAGUAGGUCUAUAUUUUGAGGUUCCGCAUACAUUGGUCGACAUUCCGGGCUUAGUUUUUAGCCUUCUGUCAUCCUCUUAUCGCCUUUCUGUUAAUAUGUUCAUCAGACAAUACUAUGUGAAUAUCAUGAUUUCUUUUAGUCCAUGCCAUUGAAUGAUAAUCGAUAUUUUAUUGAAUGCAUUGUAAAUACCGAUUGUUCGAAACACUACCACCCCUCCCCUUAAAACAAUGUACACGCCAAUCAAGCCAGAUUUCAUAUUAGUUACUUCCCUCACAAUGCACGAAAAUUUCUUACGUCAUAGUAUUAUAUAUUCGACCAUGGUAAUUUGACAUUGUUUUCUAUCACAAUCCAGUAUGCCUUAGAUGGAGAUAUUCUCCCAAUAUUACAGGUUGUUCCUGUUUAUAGUUAAAAUUAUUGUUUGUCAAAAUAUACUGAGAGUGUAGAUCGUAUAUAUUUCAAGACAAUGGCAAACAUGAGUUGUACAAUACAUUUAUGGGAUACCCGGAAGUCCACGUGCAAGUUUGUGGUGGUGUUAAACAAGUUCCUACCGUAAAGACACGCUAUUUAAAACAUGCUGAACUUAUUAUGAAGAUCGGCUUUAUUGCCUUUUUAAAUUUUAUAAAUAUGUAUGAAUGUAUGUAUUGCUCGGUUUUAGGUGUAAGUUUCGCAGUGCGUAAUGGAUAUGGCGACAUGUGUCCUUUCAUUUGUCAAUAUGUAUCAGGAUGUUUUCGUCAGCUAUUUGCUCUUAUAACCCUGUUAUCAAGAAUGAAACUAACGACAGCAAAUCACCAAGCUUCCGCACUUCAUGCAUGCCAUACGUCUCACACUACAUACCUUAUUGACAUAGAAAAGGAGUACACGUGUAAAUGCUGGCUUGUUAUACCAGUGACUGGUUCUGCUACAAGAUGUGCUGUGUUCGGUAAUAAGAUCUCAUGUCUUUCAACAACCAGGUCGCACUAGGUACUGGUAUCAUAAUCUGUCGAUCCGGAUGAAACUGUUGUGGAAUCCUUCAUGGCAAUAAGCGGUUGGUAGCCCUAGUGUGGUUGUUUAGAUGGCCUUCUAUGAAGUUCGUUGGAGUUUAGGUACUCCCAGAAAUAGGGUAUUAACAUGAACAUUUGUGAGUUACUGUUGAAAGGGUUCCUCGGUACCUCGUUAGGAGCAGGUUGGUUUAUCUGCGUUCACCACUUAUAACAACAAUCGUUGUGAAGCGUCAGUCUUCUGAACCCCGUAAAACAGUAAUGAAAAAAAAAUUCAAUAUAUUCGCUGAUGCAAUCCACAUGUAUGAUGCAUACUCGUCAUCACUAUUUACGUAACUGGAUCAAGAUCUUGGGAUGUUAUAAAAGAUGGUUAAUGACGUCCAG